ACAAUCAGCUGUCUGAAAGUGGGGAGGAAAAGGCGAACGUCUGUGUUUUAUGUUCGUAAUGUAGUUCAUGUCCUCAAGCGUUUCGUUGCAGUUGUAACUAUGGCGUGUUUAAGUUCGAGUAGGCUUUGUGCUCGUGUACAAGAUAAGUUAUUGUGUCAAUUUGGACAUAAAGUUCGAAGACAAACUGUAUUUGUGAAACUCAAACCUCCUGGACCAUCUCCGUUGCGGAUAUUUGGAAAGACUUGUCAGAGAGUAGCCACAUGUGGACCAGCGUGCGGGUCGGCCGGAGCAGCGGCUGCGCCGGCCGCGGCCGGACUUGCACGCCGCCUAGCCUCCAGCCUACAGAGCACAAGCACCGGCUCUCUCCCAGACUACGGCACACAGAUCGUCGACCCAUACCGCUUACUAGAAGACGACCUCAACGGAAUUUACGAAGAUAUACGAUCGGAACUGGAGAAGAACACGAACCAGAGUGAACUGAACACCAUAGCUACAUACUACUUCGACGGGCAAGGCAAGGCUCUCAGGCCCAUGGUUGCUAUUCUGAUGGCAAGGGCAGUCAACUACCACGUUUAUGGUGAAAAUAGUGCGUUGCUGCCGUCACAACGACAGGUGGCGAUGAUCAGCGAGAUGAUCCACUCGGCGUCACUGAUCCACGAUGACGUCAUCGACCAGAGCGACUUCCGCCGCGGAAAGCCCUCCGUCAACGUGCUCUGGAACCACAAGAAGGUGGCGAUGGCCGGCGACUUCAUCCUCGCCGUGGCGUCGAUGAUGAUAGCUCGCUUGCGCAGCGACGAAGUCACACUCGUGCUCAGUCAGGUGGUGACAGAUUUGGUACAGGGAGAAUUCAUGCAACUGGGCAGCAAAGAGACGGAAAACGAGCGAUUCGCGCACUACCUCACUAAGACAUACAGAAAAACCGCCUCACUCAUAGCCAACUCCGUCAAAGCGGUGGCGCUGCUGAGCGGGGCGGACGAGAGCACGAGCGAGCUGGCGUUCCAGUACGGGCGCAACCUGGGGCUGUCGUUCCAGCUGGUGGACGACUUGCUGGACUUCGUGUCCUCCGCGCAGGCCAUGGGCAAGCCCACCGCCGCCGACCUCAAGCUGGGGCUCGCCACCGCGCCCGUGCUCUUCGCCUGCGAAAAGUACCCGGAGCUGAACCCGAUGAUAAUGCGGCGGUUCCAAGAGGCGGGCGACGUGGCGAAGGCGUUCGAGCUCGUGCACAAGUCGCGCGGACUCGAGCAGACGCGCUUCCUGGCGCGCCAGCACGGCGCGCAGGCCGCGCGACUCGCCGCCGAGCUCGCCGACUCGCCCUUCCAGAAGGCGCUCGUCGUCACCACCGACCUCGUGCUCAACCGGAUCAAGUAGUGCGCUAGUGCCGAUCACGACGGUACGAUAUACUAGUAUGUAGUUAUUAUAAAUCAGUCAGACUGAAUCCGUUGACGUCGUUCGUGUGACGAAACGAAAGUUUAUAAUACUUAUAUAUUAUGUAUAUAAAGUUAUUUAUACUUAUUAUUAUUGUAUUUGUAUUUUUUUUAUGUAUCCUCACUUUUGUGACCUGAUUUAAUAAUAAGAUGGUUUUCUAUGAGAGUAUUUUGAACAUCGUGAACUAUCUGCGACCCGAGUGAUGUAGCUAUUGCCGCUGAGUGAGCGUGUAUGUGACUAUUCGUUACCAAAUACCGCUGUACAGAAGUGUACAACAAUAUGCUCAAUGUUGUUAUUAAUAUCACAAUGUAUGCUGAAUAAGCUGUUUAAUUGAUACAAUAUAUUAUGUACAUACUGGAUUAUUUAACACUUUCGUUUUCUUCGUUUCUCUAUUAUUGUGCAAUUGAAUAGAUAUUAGGAAGUACCUGUGUAUGAUGCACAAUGAUAUUCUGAUCUAAAAGAAAGGUAAAUUUGCUAACAGUGCCGACAGUCAGUCACGCUGUAAGUGCUGAGUCAUUGGAUAAGUUACCCGAGUUUUAUCUUCAAAACCAAUUACCUCAAUUUCUUUAGCGUACACGUUACACGUUAUAGAGGUGUAUAUGUUCUGAUGUAGUAUUAAAUUAUAAGGUUUAUGAGGCCACACAAUAUGAGGCAAAAUCUGUUAAAGCCUUUUGGGAUUUAGUAAAGGAAUUCUGUUAGAAAAUUAGUUAUAAUGAUUGUAAAUAAUUAAAAUGAAUAUUUCAGUGUUACUGAUGAAAUUUUGUCGUGGUAUGGUAUGUACCCAACAGAUAUGCACCAAGAGCGCAGUAUUUUAAAAACUUUUCUCGAAGUUCUCUAUUUAACAAAAUAUUAGUCAAUGAUAAGUUACAUUUACUAAGAAGCUGACGCGAGGGCCGGCCCGCGGGACGAGUCCCAGUUACGUAAAAUUAUGAGACUUGUGUUUCGUCCGAGCGUUGGUCCACGACUAAUUGCCUACUUAAUAAGACGACCCCUCAUAGUUUUAUGUAACAAUAUUAAUUUUACAGAUUUACGACCAAAUAUCAAGGUACUAACACAAUUAUAUAGAAUAAUAUCCCCACGGCCAUGGCGCCAGCUUCCACGGCGGACAUGGAGUUGUAUGUUUUUGUACAUUUAAUGUUAUAAAAUGGGAGUCAAUGAAUUUUAUUUAUAUGUAUGUAGACAAGUACGUAGCCGGUAUUGUUUGUAAAUAUGAUUACUCUGUAAAAUGCUAAAUCAUGAAUAAUUUUUAAUAUAAAUACUAGUUACAAA